GCAGGACCCCCACUUCCUCCAGCUGAGGGUUAGACUGUUGGGGUUAUUUAUCUCCCGUUCCAAGUUUCUAAGUAUAUUUUGUGCCUUUUAUUGAGUGUGAUAGAAUUAAGGAAAUAGUGGUUUUGAGCGAAGGGAAACUAAGAAGCAUUUCACUUGUUUUUUCAUUUUUGCAGUAUGGAUUUUCCUGGCCCCACCCUGAGCCAGGCGACAUCUGUGAGCACUUCUGUCCUUUAAGCAAUUCAAGCCACAGGAAUUUUUCUUUCCUGGGGAGCUGAAAUGGAAAAUCAGCACUAAUAAAUUAGCACACCCCGUGGCUGUACGUUUUGGAACCUGUGUUUCUCUUGCUGCCAGGGACCGGCUGCCUGGCUCCCACCAUGAGCGCCGAGCUCAACGUGCCUGUGGACCCCUCCACUCCCGCCUGCUCUGAACCCGGCCACAAGGGCAUGGAUUACCGAGACUGGGUCCGCCGCAGCUACCUGGAGCUGGUCACGUCCAACCACCACUCCGUGCAGGCCCUGUCCUGGAGAAAGCUGUACCUGAGCAGAGCCAAGCUGAAGGCCUCCAGCCGGACCUCUGCCCUCCUCUCAGGCUUUGCCAUGGUGGCCAUGGUGGAGGUGCAGCUGGAGACGCAGUACCAGUACCCGCGGCCGCUGCUCAUCGCCUUCAGCGCCUGCACCACGGUGCUGGUGGCCGUGCACCUGUUUGCCCUGCUCAUCAGCACGUGCAUCCUGCCCAACGUGGAGGCCGUGAGCAACAUCCACAACCUGAACUCCAUCAGCGAGUCCCCGCACGAGCGCAUGCACCCCUACAUCGAGCUGGCCUGGGGCUUCUCCACCGUGCUGGGCAUCCUGCUCUUCCUGGCCGAGGUCGUGCUGCUCUGCUGGAUCAAGUUCCUGCCCGUGGACGCGCGCCGCCAGCCCGGCCCCCCGCCCGGCCCCGGCGGCCACACGGGCUGGCAGGCCGCCCUCGUGUCCACCAUCAUCAUGGUGCCCGUGGGCCUCAUCUUCGUGGUCUUCACCCUCCACUUCUACCGCUCCCUGGUGCGCCACAAAACCGAGCGGCACAACCGCGAGAUCGAGGAGCUGCACAAGCUCAAGGUGCGGCUGGACGGGCACGAGCGCAGCCUGCAGGCGGUGUGAGCGCGCCGCGCCCCUGCCCUACCCCCGGCCCGGCCCG